AUGGCUGACCGUGCUAAUGACGGGAAGCUUCAAUAUGAACCCCGGUAUUAUAUGUUUUCUCGUUCCACCGUUGUAGUCCACGAGGGUAUUCGCGAGGGCCUUUGGUCACAAGCCCUCAGGACCGCGCUCGAUAACCACCAGGCGACGGUUGAGAAGGAGUUGCACGAAGAGGUACACCUUCUCUUUGCGUGUCACAAGCAGUGGAUUGCAAGAACCCCGAUGGUUCAAAAGGCCAUCGAACUCAACAUCGCAAUAGUUCAUCCUCUAUACGCCAAAGAAGCCUUCAUUCAAGGAUUCUUACCCGACGAGGUGGCUGAUUACCAUCCCAAGGAUCAUCGCGACGCUGACAGCGCAAAUGAUGAGUGGCUAGAUUGGUACAGUAAUCCCUUCAGAUUCCACAAUCCGUUUCCUGGAGAGAAGAACGAAGAGGCUGCUCCUGGAGCAGAAGGAAGCACCAUCAAGCACAAGCUCAACGACGAUGAUGCAGACGAGGAGGCCGGAGGUCCAAAGCGCCAGCGUGUGACCAGUGACGAAUCUUCGAGCCAAACGCUCCCGGCCCACUCCCCAAGCGCUUCGGCACCCGCUGACGACGAGCCGGAGCUUCCUGAGCCGGCAAAUGAAGUCAUCCCCGCUUCUUCUUCAGACAGAAGUCUAUUCGGCAAGCCGUCCCCUGGCAACGCCGAUCCCUCCUCCUCUGACCGUAGCCUAUUUGGCAAGCCGUCCUCGGGCAUCCCGUCGCUACCCAGCAGUGACCCCCAGCAACCCCAGAACUCUCCGGCCGCGGGCGCCACUGCGAGAGCUACUCCGGCACACACCCUCACAAUGCCUCGUGCCCUGACGGCAGAGGAAGCUGCACAAGCAAGACAGGAGGAGGAGGAAGCAGCAGAGAUGAAGCAGAUUAAGGAAGACGAGCAGGAAUUCAAAGAUAACGAACAGGUGUUCAACCCUUCUUCCUCAAACUCCUCUGAGUCUGAGUCUGAGCCGGCUUAUGAGAACAGAACCCCGAUAUAUUCCGGUCGAACAGGAGAGAUGCGUGCUAUCCCUCACGGGUUAAGGGCCGGCUCAGUUGAUUCACAGUCUGAGGACGAGGCCGAGGAUGAAGAGAAUGGCGAAGCUGAUGAUUGGGCGGAGGCCGAUGAUGCCAACGACCCCGAUUUUGACUCCAGCGAAGUAUCUGAGGAGGAAUAGGUGGAUGACCGAACGGCUCACGAUAUGGACGGUGGCCGUCGGGAGAUUAUGAGACGAAAUGAGACGAGAUGAGACGAAUGGUUUGCCGGCUUCAUAUUCCGAAGGCGGUGAAGCUUUUCUCAUAGGCACAAUGAUGAUUUCAGAAAACCCCCAAAACACCAAAAAAAUCGGAAAAGGAAAAAAGAACGAAAAACAUUGCAGCACAACACCCGCAACGACACAUCCAACGCCCUGCACAGGAAGCUCGGCGAUGCUUCUACCUACCUAGCAGUUAUGGUUCAACCUCGCAACGCACCGAGCUACAACUAGCCACGACAUCACCAACUUCAGUCGCAUCUACACACCGGUCAGCUUUCUUUCCUACUAGAUAGUUCAUCACAUCCACCAAAAU